AUGGAAGAGCCGCGACAGGAGAAUAAUGAUCAUAGUCUAGAGGAUCCUUCGCCGUUGAACCGAGACGACUUGUUGGGAUGCCUAAAAACUUUACAACGUCUCGUCGACGGAAAUCGUCAUGGCUUGGAUUUGUUAAACUCCGAAGAACGCUUGGCAUUGGUCAUUGCUGCCGGUCGCCUCUCCCGACCGUCCAAAGAAGAAACGUCCAAGCGAAAGAAACAAGCCAAAGACAAACUGGCGUCGGAACAGCGCGCCUUGGAUCGCAAGGCGCGUGAAAAGACGGGCAUUCGAGUGGCUCGCACCCAGCCAGUCUUUGAAGCUCCCGAAGCACUACUCUUAGAGUCAGCCAAGGAAGAGUUGAAAGGCAACGCGACGCUGGGGUCGUAUCGGAAUUGUUAUAUUUGCAAAGCGAAAUUUACCGACCUACAUCCCUUUUAUGAUACGAUGUGUACGCCUUGUGGCGAUUUCAACUAUCAAAAACGAUUUCAAACGGCUGAUUUAACAGGCCAAGUCGCCAUCUUUACAGGCUCCCGACUAAAAAUUGGAUAUCAUGCCACGUUGAUGUUGUUGCGGGCGAAUGCUACUGUGAUUGCGACGACGCGGUUUCCCGUCGAUUCCGCCACGCGAUUUGCUAAGGAAGCUGAUUAUGAGGAGUGGAAGGACCGGUUACACAUACAUGGCUUGGAUCUGCGCCAUACACCCAGCGUCGAACUCUUUUGUGAUUAUGUUGAGGCGAAUUAUGAACGACUGGAUAUUUUGAUUAACAAUGCGGCCCAAACGGUUCGUCGACCACCUCAAUUUUACAAGCAUCUCAUGGACGCCGAACAAAUGCCAUUUUACGAACACUCCUCAGAAGUCCAACAUCUUUUAAAAAGUCACCACCAAUGUCUGGAUCGCCUAUCGGGAUUUUCUACGGAUGAUGGUAACCACACAUCGUCGUCCGCACUAGCCGUGGUCGAUUGGAACACGGCCAGUCCCGGCAUUGGACUGCGGGCUUCGGCGCAAUUGUCGCAAAUUCCAUACAAAUAUGACGGAGCGAUCCAAUCCCCCGACGUCUUUCCCGAAGGAAAAUUGGACGUCGAUUUGCAGCAAGUCGAUUUGCGGACGACCAAUUCCUGGCGUUUGACAUUGGGAGACGUGUCGACUUUGGAAAUGUUGGAAGUCCAAUUGGUGAAUGCGAUUGCUCCCUUUGUCUUGUGCAAUAAAUUGACGCCUCUCAUGCAACGUCACAAUACCGGCUGCAAGCAUAUUGUCAAUGUGACGGCCAUGGAAGGCAAAUUUUAUACCUUUCACAAACCGACUGCCCGGCAUCCCCACACCAAUAUGGCCAAAGCGGCCUUGAACAUGCUAACCCACACGUCGGCGGGCGAAUUGGCCAAGUAUGGAAUUUACAUGAACGCCGUCGAUACGGGAUGGGUCACAGACGAAGAUCCCGCACAACUAGCUCAAAAAAAGGUGGAUCAACAUGACUUUCAACCACCCUUGGACAUUGUGGAUGGGGCGGCAAGGGUGGUGGAUCCCUUGUUUGAUGGCAUCAAUCGCGGCGAACAUUGGUGCGGGAAAUUUCUCAAGGAUUACGCGCCCAUUGACUGGUGA